AUGUUGUUUAAAUCAUUACUUACCUAUAUUUCCCUUGUUUCCACUGUUUUGGCUAUUCCUGCUAUUGAAGUACAAGGUAAUGCAUUUUGGAACACUGAAACUGGUAAACGUUUCUAUAUUAGAGGAGUUGAUUACCAACCAGGUGGAUCAUCAGAAUUAGAAGAUCCAUUGGCAGAUACCAAAGUAUGUGAACGUGAUAUCCCUUAUUUCCAAGAAUUGGGUAUCAAUACUAUCAGAGUUUAUUCAGUUGACAAUACCAAAGAUCAUGACGAAUGUAUGGAUAAAUUGGCUGAAGCGGGAAUCUAUGUUAUAUUGGAUGUCAAUACUCCACAUUCUUCCAUAACUAGGUCCAACAGUGAAUGUUCAUACAAUUCAGACUAUUUACAAGAAGUAUUUGCAUCAGCACAAAUGUUUGCUCAAUACAAUAACACAUUGGGAUUCUUUGCUGGUAAUGAAGUUAUUAAUGAUGGUGCUUCAUUGGAUUCUGCUCCUUAUGUUAAAGCUGUUGUUCGUGACUUGAAAACUUUUAUCAAGAAUAGAGGUUUUAGAACUAUUCCUGUCGGUUAUUCAGCUGCCAGUGUUGAUGAAUAUAGAUUAGCUUCAGGUUUGUAUUUCAAUUGUGGUGAUGAUGAAAUGGCAAGAAUCGACAUGUAUGGAAUCAAUGAUUAUUCAUGGUGUGGAGAUGCUAGUAUGACAACAUCACAAUAUUCCCAACAAAUGAAGGAUUUCAAAAAUUUUACAGUCCCCUUGUUUUUUUCAGAGUUUGGAUGCAAUGCUAAAAAGCCAAGACCAUUUACUGAAAUCGAAGCCAUUUAUUCAACCGAUAUGUCUAGUGUAUUUUCAGGUGGAUUGGUUUACGAAUACUCAGAAGAAGACAAUGAAUAUGGCUUGGUUAAAUUGGGAGACGAUGAUGACGAUGACGAUGUUACACCAAACCAAGAUUUUAAAAAUUUGAAAAAUGAAUUCAACAAGACUGAAAACCCCAGUGGUGAUGGUGGAGCUUCCAAAGACUUGACUGGUGGUAACAAUUGUCCUUCGAAAUCCUCACUUUGGAAUGUGACUGAAGAAAUCCCAGAUACUCCAGGGGGAGCUAUCAAGUAUUUAAAAGGUGUGGCUGAACCAACAGGUCAUGGAUUUGACGCUUAUGUCCAGGGUAAUUGCCAUGGUAACAAUGACGUUGAUGACUCAGGAAACUAUACUAGUUCUGUUGGUGCAUCAACUCGUGAUGCCAGUGCUACUUCGUCGUCAGCUCAACUGUCUAGUGGAUCGUCAUCCUCAUCAUCAGGUAGUACAUCUUCAGGAUCAAAAGAGAAUCAAGGUGUUGUUGCUGCUACUACUUCUGUUACUGGUGUUGUUGGGUUAUUGGCUUUGAUUGCUGGAUUCGUUGUUGUUUAG